UACUCCUUGUCGCUUCAUGCUGCGGAAAUCCUGCCUAAUGUGCCACUUGGCUCGCAUUUAGAUUUAACUUUACCUUUACCGUACCAGAAUCCUACAGCUGUGGAUCCUGACCAACAGUCCUCUAGCAACACAGCGUCUGGUGAUUCCAGGACCUAUGUACCUCCAAGCAGUGGAGACUAUAUGCCUCUUCAUCCUUCAGCACGAAGUUGGGAAAUUAACCGAGAACAGGUCAAAAUAUUAAAAGUCGUUGGUAAAGGAGCUUUUUCUCAGGUUGCCAAGGCAACAGCGUGGAGCAUAAGGGACAACGAGGAUUACACAACGGUUGCUGUCAAAAUGUUAAAAGCGAAUGCUCCAGAAUCAGACAGAAGGGACUUGCUGUCAGAACUUGAAUUGAUGAAGAAACUGAAACCUCAUCCUCACGUGAUCAAGCUGAUGGGAUGUGUUACUGCAUCUGAUCCACUUCUUGUUCUUAUUGAAUAUGUGCCGUACGGUGACCUGCUGGGAUACUUGAGGAAAAGUCGUGGGCUCAACGACACGUACUUUAAAGACCCAGACGUGAAACCACAAACCAGUCUGACCGCUGAACAGUUAAUGAGGUUCACAUGGCAAGUUGCUGAUGGAAUGCUUUAUUUGUCCUCAAGAAAGAUAAUCCAUCGUGACUUGGCGGCCAGAAAUGUUCUUGUUGGUGAGGGAGAGAAAUGUAAAGUGACAGAUUUUGGGAUGGCGAGGAAUGUUCAGCAGGAUGAUAUCUACACCAAACAAAGUCGGGGUCGUCUGCCUGUUAAGUGGACUGCUUAUGAAGCUUUGUUAUAUGGAACAUACACAACACAAAGUGACGUCUGGAGCUAUGGUGUUCUACUGUACGAGAUCCUCACUGUUGGUGGAUCUCCGUAUCCGGGAAUUAAUGCUCGGCAAAUCGCCAGGAAACUGCAAGAUGGAUUCAGAAUGCCAAAACCAAAACAUGUGGAUAACAAACUAUACCAGAUUAUGCUCAAGUGUUGGGAAGAAAAUCCAAGUGAUCGACCAACCUUCGCCAAGCUAAAAGACACGAUGAAAGAAAUGGAGAGAAACCACAGGACUUACGUCAACCUGAAACAGUAUGAUAACAGUUUGUACGCAAAUGUUGAGGACCUUACAGCUGAAUGAUAGUUUUUCCUGCUUACUUUGUACCGUGUUAUUCCUAGUUUAAGACCCGCUUUUUAUAAGUUUAUUAAUCUGGUGAGUGCAGCUACCUUAUCCAAGAAGUAUGACCACUGACAUGCAGCUUGGGGGAAGAUUUAGAAGCCGUGACGAGGGCCCAUAAAGACUUCCCUUUCCUUCCAAACACAUGCCCGGUUAUAAUCCCACUCAGAAACAGUGCGAAUUGCAUUCACUGGUUUUAAAACCGAGAUUUUUCAGCAGCCUUUUCCCGUUGAUAUUAUCUUCUUUCUGAAUGUCGAAUAUUUGGAUGUCUUUUUUACUCUGAAGCUGAGUGGUUGCACACUACUGGAUAAGGCCGUUUUCAAUAUUGGAUUCAAGUAAUUUUGACCCUGGAUAAUUUAAUUCUAGAGUAGAUACGUUGAUCAUUUAUGACAUUUUGUACACGAAAGUCGAUCAUGUUAAGACCUGGUCUCUAAACGCUUUUAGCCAUUUUCAAUUGCACUGUGAUGGUUCCAGGUUUUUUCAUACAAAAAAUGGAUGCUUGGAAAAUCGCUUGAGCGAUUAAAUCAUGUUUUAGCAAGAAGUUUCAGCCAAGUGUUCUAGCCUAGAUUUUGAAUUAUCUUUAUAUUUGAUAAAUUAUCUUUAUAUUUUUCUGACUCGUUAGUAAUCCUGCCUGUCAAUGGUUGUGCUCCAUCCCAUAAUUUCACACGCGUCUAGAAAUUACUUCAAAACGAGUCAAACAGUUUCGCUAUAUUCAAAACUGAGAUGCCUGCUGACACGGCCUGCAUUUGUAUUAUUUAGCUGGUUAUCCCAUACGCUAUUAACAGGAGCCCAUCACUAGGAGCGUGCAAGUGCCCCAUUCCCCAAAAUUUACCCUGAAAUUUUGAUCAAAUAAAAAAUUCCCGAGACGCCGGUAUGCUGUUCUUGUAAAUUGAAUUUUUCCGCGUGUUGAAAAUCAGAGGAAAAAUAUCCUCUCGUCGCCCUGUCGUCGGCAU